GUCGAUCAUUGUUACACAUGCUGUGCUAAGUCCUAAUUUGUAAAAUCAUUCCAACAUUUUUCAUAUACCGUACAUCAGUAUUCCACUGUCUCGGAAUUUUCCAUUUUCAACUUCGUCUCAUGUUAUGUUACCAUAAUUAAACCCAAAUUUGAAAUCUAACCUGUUUUUUUGCGAUUUAUUUUUAGUCGUGAAACUAUAUUAACUAUAUUACAUAGUUUGACUUUAUAACUAAUAUAUUCUGGCGCAGAAUCCAGAAUUUAUGUUGUACUGUACAUUCAUAGUUUUUUGUCGUCUUUCACAUGAUAAAAAUUUCGUAAGCGAACUUAUCAUAACCACAGCAUUAACUUCACAAUAAUCAAUUUAUAAUGAUAUAUGUUAAAUGUUUAUAGUACAAAUUCUCUUAAUAUUGUCUUUAUUAUGUUCUUUAUUCAAUUUUUGGAUCUUUUACUAACCGAUCAUGUUCUUUCUGUUACACAUGUUAACGUAACGUUGAGUCCGAAUUGGUUAAAUUGUACAUUCAUUUUCCACGUACUGUAUACCAAUAUUCCACUGUUUCGGAAUUUCCCAUUUUCAACUUCGUCUCACCCGACCCGCUUGAUCCCAUGGUUCCUCCUUGUAUGCUAGUGAACAUCAUUUUAAAGUCGAAUAAAUCGUAUCUGCUUCUUUUUUCCACAAUUGUAAUAAAGUAUUAAAAAUUUCUUUAUUACAAAUGAAUGACCUUUGCAAUACAAUAUAGAGCAACCUCUUAUUAGUUCUAG